AUGCCUCGUCAUCUCCCAAGCCAGCCUCUACAAGCAGAACUGGCCAAUAUGAGGAGACUUCAGAUAGGUUGGCAUAUAUUCGCGGAACUUCUCGCGCCAAGGCAACAUUUCAAGAACCAUGUUAAUAUGAUCGCGCUCAAGAUUCGAGCCACAACCUUGGAGGAGAUCAAUAAUUAUUGGGCAGUUCCGGAAGCUUGUGCAAAGGUCGCGAAACAUACACCGUCCAACCAGCAUGUGUACCCACAGUACACUACAACCCCUUCACACGCCAAAAGUCAAGAGAUUCGGCUUAAGGCAGACCUCACCCAUUCCCCGAAAAUCUUGUCAGGCUUUUCUCUUUGCUCUCCCUCAUUGAUCAAUCUGUGCCCAUUAUCCGGACCUGCAUGA